UUUUUGGCUGUUAGCCUGAUUUUAUUCUCAAUGCCAGGUGCUUUUUCCUAUUGACUUUAUCAUGCGUAUACAAGCACUAAUACACCACAAGUAACACGAAAUAACCUAAAUUGACUUUUUUCAUUGUAAUCUAGACAAGUAAGUAUUAGGUGACAUAAUUUAUCCUCGUCAAAAUCAAGUUAGGAGUGAAAGCUUCAAUCGACUAGAAAAGAUGGAAAGCAAAAUAUUCAUAGUUUUCUUCUUUCUCACACAAUUACCAAAAAAAGGACUUCUGAAGGAAAUCGACGAGAUCCCAACACGCGUGGAAAAACACAACGAAUCGGAAGAUACGAAGAAAUGGUCUCACUCAUGGAGUCUUCCCUCCAAAAACAAAUGGUCGUUGAACACAGAGGAGCUUUCUGGUGGUUUGAGUGGUAAAGAAGGGAUAAGUGGUCAUGGACGAGUAUCUGGUGGGUUCAGUGGUAGCGAAAGAAUGAGUGGUAAUGGGGGACCUUCUGGUGGGUUCAGUGAUAGCGAAAGAAUGAAUGGUAAUGGUGGACUUUCUGGUGAGUUAAGUGGUAGCAAAGGGAUAAGUGGUAAUGGACGAGUAUCUAGUGGGUUCAGUGGUGGCGAAAGAAUGAGUGGUAAUCGGAGACUUUCUGGUGGGUUCAGUGAUAGCGAAAGAAUGAGUGGUAAUGGUGGACUUUCUGGUGAGUUAAGUGGUAGCAAAGGGAUAAGUGGUAAUGGACGAGUAUCUAGUGGGUUCAGUGGUGGCGAAAGAAUGAGUGGUAAUCGGAGACUUUCUGGUGGGUUCAGUGAUAGCGAAAGAAUGAGUGGUAAUGGUGGACUUUCUGGUGAGUUAAGUGGUAGCAAAGGGAUAAGUGGUAAUGGACGAGUAUCUAGUGGGUUCAGUGGUGGCGAAAGAAUGAGUGGUAAUCGGAGACUUUCUGGUGGGUUCAGUGAUAGCGAAAGAAUGAGUGGUAAUGGUGGACUUUCUGGUGAGUUAAGUGGUAGCAAAGGGAUAAGUGGUAAUGGACGAGUAUCUAGUGGGUUCAGUGGUGGCGAAAGAAUGAGUGGUAAUCGGAGACUUUCUGGUGGGUUCAGUGAUAGCGAAAGAAUGAGUGACAAUGGUGGGCUCUCUGGUGAGUUAAGUGGUAGCGAAGGGAUAAGUGGUAAUGGACGAGUAUCUGGUGAGUUCAGUGGCAUCGGGAAGUUAUCAGAAAGCCGUGAAAGUGGACUUCUCAGUGGCAAAAAGUAUUCUCUAAAAUUUGAAAUAGGUUGGUCUCGAUGUCUUUAUCCAGAACAGGGCGAAAUAUCUCCAGGCACCAAACUCGUUCUUCAAUCAGAAGCUUGUGGCAUGAAAAAAUCUAAAUUUACACUUUCAAAAGAAGGCAAUUUAAAACAUGUGAAAAGUGGAUACUGCGUCCAACCAGAAGGAGGUGCAUUGAAUGAUGAAACACCAAUUAUUCUUGGAGAAAAAUGUGAUAAAAAAUGGGCAAUGACCAUAACAUCUGGCAGAUCACUUCAAUUGACCAACAGUGGGAAAUGUAUACGUCCAAUAAGUGGAAGCAUUCAUCCAUUAUCAAUGGAAAAACUGGUGUUUAGUGAUACUUGUGAUGAGCCAGAAAACAUGUUUGCCAUUACAAACAUAGUCGUCGAUGACUCGAGUGACGAAAUAGAUGAAGACACUGGUCCCACUGAUCAUGGAAAAUCAGGAGAAAUGUCAUGGGGAUGGAAAAGUAGAAGAAAAAACAACGGUGGAAGUUCAGGCUCGUCAUGGUCUCCUACAGGAGCAUUUGGGGAUAAUUUAGGAAACUCGGAAGGUGGUAAGUGGUCAAACUCAUGGAAAGAUCCCACAAGUCUUCACCAGAAUGACGAUUCCCAGAACUGGGACUCAGCUGAAGAAACAAGUUUUACUGGUUUAGCUGGAGGAAUAAGUUCCACCGGUGCAACUGGUGAAGCAAAUAAUACUGGUUCAACUGGAAGAAAUGGUUCAACUGGAGGAACUGGUUCAACUGGAAGAAAUGGUUCAACUGGAGGAACUGGUUCAACUGGAGGAACUGGUUCAUACCACAGAAGGAAACACGACAGUCACAGCCCACAGAAAAUUAUCAAUGCAAAGAAAACCCACACCAAAGACAAAAAACAUUAAGAAAACAAACCAAAAAGUUAUGCAUUAAGCAGAAAAUGUAGUGUAAAAUUUAAAUUCUUAUUAAUUUAACACAUUGCAGCCUAUACGAAUGAAAUACAUACGAAUCUUUA